AACUAUUUGAGCAUCUGAUCUCAAGGAGCUCAUGCUCGUGUCUCUGAUUCGGGUUUAAAUCUUGCAGCAUAUGCAGGGUCUCUGAAUCAUUCGGCCUGUUUGACUGCAUUGAUCGAUAGCUUCGAUUCCAGCAGCUGAAAUCUGAACCGAGCUCGGGGCGAUCUCGAUGGAGUACCGUAAGCUGCCGGCCUUGUUCGUCCUCGUAGCUCUGAUGGCUGCAAUUUCCAGCAGGCUGGUGUGUGCUGAUGGUCCGGACAUGCUCGUGAAUUACGAGUUCGAAAAUCGCGUGGCUCCGGAUAAUACAGUGGUGGUGUCUGCGACACCUUCGGGCAAUCUGAGUGUCUCAGAGUUCGGCACCGUGAGGGUCGUCACGAAUGUGAUCAGAGAGACGAUCGAGCCGGACUCGAGGGUGUUGGGGAAGGUGGUGGGGUUAGUGAACUCCUUGAAGGAUGACUCGAUCUAUCUCACCUUCGACUUCGUGUACGAGACGCCCGAGCUGAUGGGGACCAUCGGUAUGCAAGGGCGUCUCAAUGCCGCUGGCAAUGGCGAGCUCGAGGUCACGGGAGGAACGGGCUCUUUCCGCUUCGCUCGUGGAUACUGCGAGACGACCCUCGUCGCCUCCUCGGACCCGGCCAACAUCGUCUUCAAGAAUGUGCUCCACUUGAAAUACUGAUACAGCCUUAAUAAAACACGUAAAGGGCUUCUGUUCCCUCCUUUCAGAAUCUGGAUCUGGAUCUGUCGUCCUCCUGUCAACUUUGCAAUUUCAUCGAUACAACGAUGUGAUGAACCAAGUGUACAUAUGCAUUCGAUGGUUUUGUGAAUGGCUCUGUAUUAUGAGUGUAUCUUCCACGCCUUGCCCUACUGAACCUUCUGCAGGACGUGCACCGAGUUCAU